CAGGAACUCCUUCGAGAAAAACAACAACAUCUGGAGAGAUUGAUGAGGGAAAGAGAGCUGGAACGCGCUGAGAUGGCAAAGAUAUCCCUGCAGGCUAACCGCGCGGAGACCGCACUCACGCAACUCAAGAAAGAGGCUACACAGGCAACUUCAGAAAACAGCAAACUAAAAUCCGAGUUGGACAAGAUCAACAAACUCUUGGAGGAUGAGAAGCAGAAGGUGGAAGAUCUCAUGUUCAGAUCAGAAGAGGAGAAUAUCAAUAGAGAAGAUUAUAAUAAAUAUAAAGAAACGAUGGAGCAAGAGAAGGCGGCACGUGAGCAACGCAUCCGCGAGUUGGAGGCGGAGGCGGAGCUGCAGACGGCGCGGGCCGAGGCCACCGCCACCGCGCUGCGCAUGAUGGAGGACCAGCGCGCCGCAGACAUGGCCGCCGCUAACGAAAACCAUCGCGAGGAACUGGCUGCUGCACAUACUUUGUCGUCAGAGUUGCAGAAGUUAUUAGAUGAAGCUUACGCUCUCCUUAAAGAAAAAGAAAGCGAAAAAGAUUCAUUGGGCAAGAGCAUGUCCGAGGAGCUGACUCGACUGAAGACUGAUUCUGAAAGGGCGCUAAACGAAGCUAAAACUAAGAUGGCUAUCGCUCAGACUGAAUUCGAAACACAAGUCUCCGUACUGACUGCGAAGCUGCAAUUAGCUGAAUCAAAGCUAGAAACUGAAAAACAGAACGUAGAAAGAUUAAAUAAGGAAAACAGCCAAAUUAUUAUAGACUUGAAUACUAAGUUAACUCAGCUGCAAGCUGCCGUAGAUGAUAAAACAUUAGAGUUGAAUAAAGUUGUUGGCGUGAGCAAGGAACACGAAGUCAACCUAAACAAAGAAAUUACAAAACUAAAAAUGGAACUUAGUGCUAAAGUAUUAGAUUUAGAACAACUUGAAGACUCGAAGAGGAAACAAGAAACAAUAUUCAAAUCGUUACAGGAAGAAUUGGGCCGUGUUAAAGAUGAAUACAAUAGCAAAGUCAAUGAAUAUGAAACCUUGUUAAGUGAAGUCUCGCAACAACAUGAGAAGAACAAAACAGAUAUGUUGGAGUUACAACAAAGUUUGUCUGCGAAGACCAAGGAGUACGAAAAACUACUAGCUGAACUAAGCACAUCCACAAGUUCCUCAGAGAAGCUUGUCAGUGAAUACAAACAAACUAUUCACGAACGCGACAAGGAAAUUAUAAAACUAAAAGAUGACUUCGAACAAACAACAGCUAAUUUCAACAUCAAACAUAGCAAAAUAGCUGAAGAACAUAAGAAAGAGAUUGACGAUCGUAACACUAAAAUAGAAGAACUUCUGAAGGAAAUUGAAAGCCAUAAACUUACUUUGGAUCAAAGUAAGGUAGAACUCGAAGCAUUAAAUUCUCAGUUCAUCUUAAACGUGGACGAACUGAAGGUUCUCAAAGAAGAAAACGAAAAAUUAAAACAAACCAUUAACGAUUUGACUCAAGCUAACAAUGAUCUCAAAGCUAAAAUGUCAGCAAUGGAAUUAGAAGUUGGUGAAUACAAACGACAGUAUGAAAGCGCCAACGAGAAAUGUGCAGAGUUACAAAAAGCAAAGGAUAAAAUCGAGGAAGAAUAUAUGAAUCUGACUGGUCAAACAACUGAUUCUAAUGAGCAAUUCAAUAAGUUGUCCCAACAUCUGAAGGAGACUGAAAAAGAAUUGCAAGAGUUGAAGGACAAGAAUAGAGAGGUUGUGAAUAACCAUGCACGAAAUGAACAAGAAUUGAAACAAAAGUUGUUCAAGAUUCAAGAAGACUUCUCUGUCGAACGUGGACAGUUAGUUGGCUCCGUAAAUGAUAACUUAGAAAAACUAAAAGAAGCAGACGGUAAGAUCAAAGAAUUAGAAGCCCACACUUUAGAAAUCAAUAACUGUUUGAGGAGUCUUCAAGCAGACAACGACAAACUCCUCGAUGAGAACACUAUCUUCAAAAACGAGAUAGAAGCACUUAAGGUUAAAGAACGUGAACAGAAUAGUGAACAUGAGUCUAUCUGUAAGAAACUAGAAGUAGAUAUAGAUAGGUAUAAAGAAGAAAUAUCUAUAUUAAAAGCUGAUGGUGCUACGUCUGAAGUUAAACUUAUGGAGAAAGUAGAUCAAUUGACUGAAGCGCAAAAUGACUUGAACAACAAACUUGAAGAAGCAAGAAAGCACGAAGACAGUUUACAGAAGAUUUUAGAUGAUAUGACUGCUCAGUUAAAUAAUCAAAAAUUACAAUUUGAAAAGGAAAUAACCCAACUCCAAACUAAUUUAAGCACUGUUUCCGACGAAGCCAACAAAUUAAGGUCGGAAGAAACACACUUAAAAGAACUUCUAGAAGAAAAACAGAACAAUAUUAAGGAUCUCAGCCUAAAGCUCGAAAUGCUGGAGGUUGAUUUGAAGUCCAAUGUGGAAAUUGUUACUGAAAAAGAUCGUCAAAUAGCUUUAGUGAACGAAGAACUAAACAAGGCAACUGAAAAUAAGAAACAAUUAGAAGAAAAGUUAAAUGCAGCUACUUUAGAAACUUCCUCAUUAAAACAAAAAUACGAGAAUCUAAUUGCAAACUCUUCAGCGGAAGAAAGUAUUCUGAAGGAACAGCUGAACCAGCUUGAGGUUCUCAAAAAAGAAACGUCCGUACUAACCCAAGAAAAGACUUCUUUGGAAUCGAAGUAUACUGAAACGCUGUCAGAAUUAACAGCUUUAAAGAAAAACUAUGAAGAUGUAGUUAGUAAAAUGAAUGAGAACGAAACUGUUAGUAGUGAUCUAAAGAAAUCUUUGGAUGAAAAGGACAACUUACUGAAAUCUCAAAACGAAAAACAUGAGACUGAUCUACAAACAAUAAAUAAGUUAGAAGCAGAUUUAGCGCAGUUAAAGCAAGAGCUGUCUAGUAAAGAGAUUGCUAUUCAAGAGAAAGAAUCACAGGUAACCAAGAUGAAUGAGGCCUUACAAUUAGGAUCUAGCGAAAGUCAACAACUAGUCGCUCAACUUCAACAAGAAAAUGCAAAAUUAAACGAAACAUACAAAACCGAAGUUGAAUCUCUUAGCAAUACUACAAAAACUUUACAGUCUCAGUUGACUGAAAAGGAUAAGGAGCUCGAAGACCUAAAACAGACAAAAGAAAAACUAGCAGAACUACAGAACCUUGUAGAAAAGUCGGAACAAGAUAUCAAACAGCUAACGAACAUCAACGAAGCGCAGAAAUUGAACUACGAGGACUUGAACAAGCAGCUACAAGCGCAGUUUGAUGAACACAAGAAGGAAAGCAAGCGCGCAAGACACGACCUGAGGAAUACAAUAGGCGAUUACGAAAAAGAAUUAAAAGAAUCCAAAGAAAAAGUAGCAGCUGAAAUAGAAAAACAAAAUCAAUUGCAAAAGAAAUUAACAGAUGCUGAGAAUAAAAUAUUAGAACUGACACAGAAAAUAGAAUUAGUAGCUGUUCAGCAAAGUAGUGAUGUUGAGAAGGACAAACAAUUAGAGAAAUUAACGGUAGAACUACAAUUAGCUAAACAGUCUUCUACUGAGACGGUAGCUAAGAGUGAGACUUUAGUCAAGAAUCUUAAAGCUGAUAUAGAGAAUAAAGUUAAAGAAUUGAGACUGAAGGAAGAUAUGAUUGGCAAAUUGCAAGAAGAAGUUAAGAGUUGCUCCAUGCGUGCAGGAAUCGAACCCGCUACACGUAGCGCAGCAACCGAUUGCCCAACUACAGCGCUAACCGUGCAGUCGAGCCGGACAGAUCGGGACCAUCGACCACGCCAUCAACGUAUAAGCUAA